AUGACUCAUCCAGUUGAUACAACAGCUGAUUUAAGUCAAAAACAAUGUUAUCAUUUAAUUGUUGAUGAUGCCAUUGUUAAUGAUGAUAGUGUUGUUACAUUAUCUCCUACAUUAAUGGAAGAAUUACAAUUACAUAGAGGUGAUAUGGUUAUGCUUACAGGUGAAAAACAUCAUGAAACAGUUCGUGCUGUUGAUAUUAGUUAUUUAUGUGAAAUUGAUCAUAUUCAAAUGAAUCGUGUCGUACGAAAUAAUUUACGUUUACAUUUAGGUGAUAUUGUUUCAAUUCAAGUUUGUAAAAAUAUUAAACGUGGUAAGCAUAUAUAUGUUUUACCUGUUGAUGAUACCGUACAAGGAAUAACAGGCAAUCUAUUGGGAGUUUAUUUAAAACCAUAUUUUCGUACAUCUGAUCGACCAGUACACCAAGGUGAUGUUUUUAUUGUAUGUGCAGCUAUGCGUGCUGUAGAAUUUAAAGUAAUUGAAACUACACCAAGUCCUUACUGUACUGUUGUACAGGAUACAGUUAUACAUUGUGAAGGUGAUUCAAUUAAACGUGAAGAAGAAGAAAUAUCUUUAAAUGAAAUUGGUUAUGAUGAUAUUGGUAGUGUUAGAAAACAAUUAAUAGAAAUUAAGAAAACGGUUAAAUUUACAUUAAGAUAUCCACAACUAUGCAAAACAAUUGGUGUUAAACCACCACAAUGUAUUCUUUUAUAUGCACCACCAGGCACAGAUAAAACUUUAAUUGCACGUGCCAUGGCUAAUGAACCUGGUGCAUUUUUGUCUUUAAUCCAUGGAUCGGAAAUUAUGUCUAAAUUAGCUGGUGAAUUUGAAUCUAAUUUACGUAAAGCAUUUGAAGAAGCUAAAAAGAAUUCUCGAGCUAUUAUUUUUAUUGAUGAACUUGAUGCUAUUGCACCAAAACAUAAAAUAAAAUAUGGUAUAGUUCAACAUUCUUUUGUUUCACAAUUAUUAACAUUAAUGGAUGGUCUUAAACAAUGUUCACAUGUAAUUGUUAUGGCGGCCACAAACCGACCAGAUUCAGUUGAUCCAGCACUUUGUCGUUUUGGUCGUUUUGAUCUCGAAGUUGAUAUUGGUAUUCCUGAUGAUGGUGGCCGUGAAGAAAUUCUUCAUAUACAUACAAAAAAUAUGAAAUUAGGUGAUGAUGUUAAUUUUUCACAAAUUGCUAAUGAAACACAUGGUUAUGUUGGUGCGGAUUUAGCAUUAUUAUGUUCAAAAGCUGCUUUACACCAAAUUCAAAAUAAUAUGAAUAUUAAAGGUUUACAAAAUGAUACAAUUGAUAUUGAAGCAUUCAGUUCAUUAGCUGUUACACAAGAGGAUUUUCAGUUUGCACUUGAUCAAUCAAAUCCAUCAGCUUUGCAUGAAAUAGUUGUUGAAAAACCAACAAUAACAUGGGAAGAUAUUGGUGGUUUAGAAAAUGUUAAACGUGAAUUACAAGAACUUAUUCAAUAUCGUGUUGGACAUCCGAAUAAAUGUCUCAAAUU